UAGAAAUUGUACUUGUGUUUGUAUUUCGAUUUUUAGACUUGAACCUAUCACCUAACGUGUGAAACACGCGCGGGCGCGCGCACACACACGUACCCGCAAACACACGGUGUGUGUGAGGCGUCAGCAGCAGCAGCAGUACAGUGUUGGCGAGAACAGGGAAGCAGCGGCUCGCAGCGACUAGAGCUGCCGGAAGAAGCUGUCACUUUAGCUCCAGCUUUGACUCGAGCUCGCCCCCAAAAAACACCGGCAGCAGGAGCCACAUUCGAGGCGGUCAGAGGGGCGGAGAGGAGGAGGAGGAGGCACCCGCACCGCCACUCAUUCUCCUCCGCUGCCUCCAUCGUCUCUCCCUCCCUCUUCUCUCUGUGUCUCUUCAGCCCUCCUCACCCCUCGUUCCUCUCGGAGCGCCGCUGCCGCUUCCUCGUUUAAAGAUGGCUGACCCCAACAGCGACGGAGAGGCGCAGGAGAACAUCCGCGGCUUCGCCCGCCAGGGAGCCCUGCGACAGAAGAACGUACACGAAGUGAAGAACCACAAGUUCAUCGCCCGCUUCUUCAAGCAGCCCACCUUCUGCAGCCACUGCACCGACUUCAUCUGGGGCUUUGGGAAGCAGGGAUUCCAGUGCCAAGUGUGCUGUUUUGUAGUCCACAAGCGUUGUCAUGAGUUCGUCACCUUCUCUUGCCCUGGGGCCGACAAGGGACCUGCCUCAGAUGACCCUCGCAGUAAACAUAGGUUUAAGGUCCACACUUACUCGAGCCCGACCUUCUGCGACCACUGUGGGUCACUCCUGUACGGGCUGAUACACCAGGGCAUGAAGUGUGACCACUGUAUGAUGAACAUCCACAAGAGGUGUGUGGCCAACGUCCCAAGCCUAUGUGGGACGGAUCACACUGAGAGGAGAGGACGCAUCUAUAUCUCUGCACAGAUCAAGGAGGAGGCGCUCACCGUCAUCAUCAAAGAGGCCAGAAACCUGGUGCCCAUGGACCCCAACGGUCUGUCAGAUCCCUAUGUGAAGCUCAAACUUAUUCCGGAUCCCAAGAGUGAGAGCAAGCAGAAGACCCGGACCAUCAAAUGUUGCCUCAAUCCCACCUGGAACGAGACCUUCACUUUGUGAGACAUCUUCUUCUUUGGACCACGUUGUUUGAAUUCACACAUUAGUGAUUAGUUUGACAUCAAAUAUAUAUAUAUAUAUGUGGGACUGCAGAAACAAGGGAUGGAUGGAUGGUUUAAGCUUCUGUCCCAAGAGGAAGGAGAAUACUUCAAUGUUCCUGUGCAGCCAGAAGGAGAAGACGGCAACGAGGAGCUACGACAAAAGUUUGAGAGAGCACGAGUUGGACCAGGGAAGCCCACAGAUUCUUCUUCCUCCUCCUCUGUGUACAAGUACGACAGCAACGGCAAUCAGGACCGCGUCAAGCUCUCGGACUUCAACUUCGUCAUGGUUCUGGGAAAAGGCAGCUUUGGCAAGGUCAUGCUUGCAGAGAGGAAGGGCACGGACGAGUUGUACGCCAUCAAAAUCCUGAAGAAGGACGUGGUGAUCCAGGACGACGACGUGGAGUGCACCAUGGUGGAGAAACGAGUGUUGGCUCUGUCUGGAAAACCUCCCUUCCUCACGCAGCUGCACUCCUGUUUCCAAACAAUGGACCGAUUAUAUUUUGUGAUGGAGUAUAUAAACGGAGGGGACCUGAUGUACCAGAUCCAACAGGUCGGCAAGUUCAAGGAACCUCAUGCUGUGUUCUAUGCUGCGGAGAUCGCCAUCGGACUCUUUUUCCUUCACUCCAAAGGCAUCGUGUACAGGGAUCUGAAGCUGGACAACGUCAUGCUGGACUCUGAGGGCCAUAUAAAGAUAGCAGACUUUGGCAUGUGCAAAGAGAACAUGCUGGACGGCGUGACCACCAAGACCUUCUGUGGAACACCAGACUACAUCGCUCCAGAAAUCAUAGCCUACCAGCCUUAUGGGAAGUCUGUGGAUUGGUGGGCCUUUGGAGUUCUCCUGUAUGAGAUGCUGGCUGGACAGCCGCCGUUUGAUGGAGAAGACGAAGACGAGCUGUUCCAGUCCAUCAUGGAGCAUCACGUCUCUUACCCUAAAUCCAUGUCCAAAGAAGCUGUUGCCAUCUGCAAGGGGCUGAUGACCAAACACCCAGGCAAACGUCUGGGCUGCGGUCCAGAGGGGGAGCGAGACAUCAAGGAGCACGCCUUCUUCCGUUACAUAGACUGGGAAAAACUGGAGAAUAAGGAGGUCCAGCCCCCGUUUAAACCUAAGGCUUGUGGGCGUGAAGCUGAGAACUUUGAUCGCUUUUUCACACGCCACCCCCCAGAGCUGACCCCCCCAGAUCAGGAGCUUAUAGCCAACCUGGACCAGGAAGAGUUCCAAGGCUUCUCAUAUGUUAACCCUGAGUACCCUCACACAGCCCACUGACAUUGCCACAUAUCACCCAGCUGCACUAGUACCCCCCCCCCCCCCCCCC